GAGUAAUAUGGCAGUGGAGCACACAUGCUGCGGAACCGAAUUCUUCCUUCAGAUUGUAAUAAUUGUGCUGCUGGUGCUGUUCGCGGGCCUCAUGUCCGGCCUCACUUUGGGCCUCAUGUCCAUGAGUCUCGUCGACCUCGAAGUUGUGGCCAAGUCCGGCAAACCCAAGGAUCGCAAAUACGCUGAAAGGAUACUACCAGUUGUUAGAAAUCAGCAUCUGAUACUCUGUACACUGCUAAUUUGUAAUGCGGCUGCCAUGGAGGCACUCCCUAUUUUCCUGGAUAAGCUGGUUUCAGCACUGGGCGCUGUUCUUAUUUCAGUCACCCUGCUUCUUCUAUUUGGUGAGAUUAUACCGCAAUCCGUUUGCACUCGAUACGGCCUGGCAAUAGGCGCUACAGUGGCUCCAUUUGUCCGCAUACUUAUUUGGAUAUGCUUCCCGGUCGCCUAUCCUAUAAGCAAGAUUCUAGACUGCGUGCUGGGUAACGGACAUGUUGCACUUUUUCGCAGAGCUGAGCUGAAAACACUAGUCAAUCUGCAUGGCAAUGAGGCUGGGAAAGGAGGAGAGCUAACCCAUGACGAGACAACAAUCAUUGCUGGAGCACUUGAGCUCACAGAAAAAACAGCUAGUCAUGCAAUGACUCCCAUUUCCCAAACUUUUGCUAUUGAUAUCAAUGCGAAGUUGGACCGUGACAUGAUGAAUUUGAUACUGGAGAAAGGACACAGUCGAGUCCCGGUGUACUAUGAGCAGCCAUCCAACAUAAUUGGGUUGAUCCUGGCCAAGAAUUUAUUGACAAUCCACCCUGAAGAUGAGACCCCUGUGAAGAACGUGACGAUACGUCGAAUACCAAGGGUUCCAGAAAAUUUGCCUUUGUAUGACAUACUGAACGAGUUCCAAAAGGGUCACAGUCACAUGGCUGUCGUUGUAAGCAAGUGCAACAAAACAGAACACCAGCAACAAAAUCCACCUCUCAGUAGUUCAGCAAACAAGGAAGUGAGAGUUGACGUGGAGGGGAAGCAGCCUCACAAGGAGAAGUCAUUUAGGAGGACCAAGACAAAGUUUGAAAUGUGGAAGAGCUUUGCCAACAAUAGCGGCAGUUCGUUGAAGAGCACUUCAAAGAGUAGGAGAUGGGCAAAGGAUGUCGACUCGGACAUCCUCCAAAUCGAUGGCUCUCUCCCAACGCUUCAUCAGGAAGAAGAAUCUGUUGGAAUCAUAUCAAUGGAAGAUGUCAUUGAAGAACUUUUACAGGAGGAGAUUUACGACGAGACAGACCACCACUACGAGGAGUAG